UCUUCUUCCAUUAAUAUUUAUAUCAUUAUUUCCCUUUCAUAAUCUCUCUCUUCCUUCUAUAAUUAUUGUGUUUAUUCUCUUCUAUACCUCCUCGCGAACAUUCUAGAACUAUCACGAUAUUAAUUCGUUCUCUCGUGUUAUUUUCUUCUCCAUGGCUCCAUCGGUGGAACACAAUGGUGAUUCCUCAACCGGCGAGUCUCAAAGAUCAACUCCGACACCGUUUAUCACAAAGACGUACCAGAUCGUUGAUGAUCGCACCAUCGACGACGUCGUUUCAUGGAACGAUACCGGAACAUCCUUCGUCGUUUGGAAUCCUACCGUUUUCGCGAGGGAUUUGCUUCCUAAAUAUUUCAAGCACAAUAAUUUCUCCAGCUUCGUACGCCAACUCAAUACUUAUGGAUUUAAAAAAGUUGUGCCUGAUCGCUGGGAAUUCUCUAACGAAUGCUUUCGAAGAGGCGAGAAACGCCUUCUAUGUAAUAUUCAGCGACGGACAAUCGUUUCAAAAUCGCCGCCGGCAGUUAUCAAUGGCGGUGCAACUGCGACAGUAGCGGUGUCGUCUCCGUUACAUUCGGUUUCAGUUCCGCCUGCAAAGUCGAUCGUUUCGCCGUCGAUUUCGGGAGAGGAGCAGGUGAUUUCUUCUGAUUCGUCGCCGUUUGAGCAGGCGGCGCUAUUAGAAGAGAAUGAUAGGCUUAGAAAGGAGAACAUGCAGUUAAGGACGGAAAUAGAGGAUAUGAAAUCCCUCUUCAAUAAUAUUUCCAAUCUUAUGUCUAAUUAUGCCAAAUUUCAAGCGGAAAGUGGUGCACAAGGAAAAGAGUGUUGCUCCACGGCAUCGAAGACGCUUCAUCCAUUGCCGGAGAAGCGGUGCGAUGGCGAAGAUGCGUCGGAGAUAGUGAUGGAGGAUAACUACCCGAAACUGUUUGGAGUGGCGAUAGGUACGAAGCGAGCGAGAGAAGAAGGAAGGGGUGAUGAAGAUAAUUCGGUGUUGAGCCUGCAUCAACCAGUUAAUGUGGACUGGAAAUCAGAGUCGUUAGAUUCACAUAACGGCGUAAAGAGGAAAACGAUGUGGCUAAAUAAGUGGUUCAAAGCGAAUCAGAGUGUGUGCAAUUGACUCAUUAUCAUGUUGUGUGGGAUAGGGAGCACGUUAGGCUACGUUAGGAGCGGCGUAGACAAUCUGAGUCCUUAAACACGGAGACGCAAGUCUCUGAUGUUUUUCUGUAUGACGUUUUUCUGUAUGCUUUGUAACCGUAUGGGACAGUUAUAGUUUUCGCAAUAAAAAACUUUUUCUUCCUUUUUCA